UGGCGGUUGCAUGCAAAGUUUGUUUCGGAUCUUUUCUCGGCAGGGAACGUAGGUGAAGAAGAAGAGCACAGCUGAUUUGAUGCCUUUCCUCUUCUCCAAAUAUGUGAGGCGGUUGCUAGGCGUCCCUGUGCACCUAAUUUGCGGCAACAAAUUUGGCAGCUCGCAGCAAGGUACCAUGCCCGUACUGGGAGAGUCGUCGCUCGAGUCGCUGCCAAACGAAAUUCUCUUCAAGAUAUUUUCCUUGCUGGACGCCCAGUUCGUGGCCGAUGUGAUCGGAAAGCUCUGCACUCGCUUCGCACAGAUCCUCAGCGAUCCCAGCUUCUGGAAGGCGAAGUUGAUCGCCAGGUGGCCGAAGCCGUACCCUGUGCCGGCGGAUGAAAGCUUUGACUGGAAAGAAGCAUGCGUCGAAAGAGAGCGCCACUUCAAGCAAUGGAGCAACUGGGAAGACGAGAUGAAAUCCAUUCAUAUUACAGACGCGCACAUUGGAUUGAUACACUCAGUCCUGUUGAUAGAUGAUGGCUCUGCGUGUGUCACUGGAUCUCGUGAUCGAGAUCUGAAAAUUUGGAAUGUCCGGGACCAGGACGUUGCUGCUGAAGGGCACGACCUUCUCCUGCAUUCGAUCCCCGACGCACACGAUGGCUGGAUUUGGGCUCUGCACUGCGUGGGCAGCACGCUGUUCACCAGCUCCUUCGACAGCACGUUCAAGUUGUGGGACGUCGAGUGUGGACUUCAUAGGCUCGAAUCCUUCAUUGUCCGGGCACCAGUGACGACGAUCUGCCGCUCUGACGGAGAACUGGUGCUCGGCGGCUGUGAUGGGACCAUAUACCGAUACGAUCUUAGGGAACCUGGAGGACCAACGCCAUUCUACGGCCCCACAAGGGGCGUCAUCACGUGCAUGGCAGCCGAUGACAGAACAAUCCUCGCCGGCACCGUUACGGCGCGGCUUUGCGCCUUCGAUCGACGUACAAGGCAGCUCAGGCCCGACAUGGGAAUACGUUUUAAGCAGAACAACCCGACUGCCUUGUCCUUUGACUCGCAUCAACUCUGGGUGGGAAUGCGGAGUGGAACCGUCCACACCAUCGACAUGAAAUCGAAUCCAUCCAAGAUUGUCCAGACAAUGGACGUGCCUCCAACACAACCUCGCGGCAUGGUGUCCAGCAUCCAGCACACCUUGGGGAGCGUUCUGGUGUCGUUUGUCGAAGUGCCUAUGGUUGCCCUGGAGCCAACGCUUGACCCGGCCGUCAUCGCCUGGGGCCCCGAAUGGCAACAAGUGACUCGUUUCCACUUUGACGGCCGAACGCUGGCAACGGUGGGUUCGGAAUUUCUCGAGGUGUGGCACCCAAAAUGCAAGACUGGAAUCCUGUGAUGAACGCUAUUACUGGCCCCGCGAUAAUAAUACCGACCUUUUGUUGCAACGCAUCGCGAGGACUGCCCAGCGUGAAUUUAAAAUGAAAAAUUGCGAGUGUUUAAUAGGCGUAAAAACCGUAGUAAAUUAUCUUGUACUCGCGACGUGCUCGCACUUCGACUUCAAAUGGCGCUACUUAUGUUCUGUUUCAUAAGUUAUUUUAAAAUUUGCUUGUCUUGCACACUUCGCUGAAUUUCUGAUGUAAAAGUUACCUAUCGAACGAUAGCUUGUGCUUAUGCCAGCCCAGGCUUUAUUCAGUUGAUAGGAAAGCAUUAGCAAUAACCCAGGUGGCUAGCUUCGCAAGACGAGGACCAAGACGCUGCUUUUUCUGCCGUAACAUACUUGUUAUGGCAGUAAUGUUCGUGUUCCAGCAAUGCAAAAAGUUCAUUGUGCCUUUUGCCAAGGUGUUGUUGCUUUUCACUGUAUAUAUUAUUUAAUAUCGUUUGUGCGAUUCAUCUGUGAAGGUUUCGAACCAACACAGACACUCACUCGCUGUUGUCGCGAGCGUCCAGCCUGUUACUGACGGUAAGUGCAUGAUUUGCAAGCGACAGUUACAUAUCUGUGUGCGAAUCUUCCUUUUUCAAGGAAACACAAGACUCAUCUUGAUGUUUGUAUAUUUAUAAUUAAAACAUUUAAACAAUCUUAU